CCAAAGGACAAAGAGCGGAGGGCAAUGCUUCUUCUUGUAACGGUAUUAUCAACUUAUAUUGGAUUGAUCAAUAUUAUGGAUUCAUGCAAAUGAGGGGGUUAUAGUCCUCCAUUGAGCGCACGGGCUCACCUGUGAAAGAAGAUAAAGGAAGGUAGCAAGAAGUGGGCAAGCAAUGUACUCCCCCGUUACCACUGUAAAUAAAACAGGAUGCAUCAUGGGAAGGAUUUAAACCAAUCACACCAAUCGGACAGCUGCAAGAUUCUUAUAUCUCAACUUUGUGAAACGCUAUCAUAAUUUAUGUGCAAUUGAUAUGCAUGCCUGUUUUGGACUUAAUAUGGAAUGAAUAUCAGCCCAAAGAACAGUAUUCGUCUAGCGGAUAUCAUCGGCAUUGUGUAAUCAAAUAGACACUAUAGUAGACCCAGCUUCAAGGAUGUACCUGGGUUCGAACUCCCACACCCCUGACCCACGAGGUGGUGGUGGUGGUGGAGGGGCUGGAUGGCGAGGGCGAUCAAGCAGAAUGACGGCCAGAUCCAGUUAUGUAUCCGACGAUGAUAGUAAUGAUUCCGACUCUGAUUCACAGGGUUCCAAGACUUCCAUGUCGGGCAAGCAGGAGAUGGGGGCACGCCUGGAAGAUGAGAUGAACAACGAUCAUUUGCAGAAGCUACAAGAAAUAUUCGAGGAAGCGGAUGAAGAUGGAGGUGGUGGUUUAGAUAUUGAUGAGUUCCGUGGUGCCAUGCGUAAGAUCAUGGGUGAGGGAAUGGAUGAAGUGGACGACAAAGAACUGGCAAUUGUCUUCAUGAAAGUCGAUGCAAACUGUGACGGCACAGUUGAUUGGGAUGAGUACUUGUCUUACAUGCUUCUUGAGUACCAGGAACGAGAUCACAUGAGCAACCUGUUCAAAGAUCGAAUUCCGUUUCCUAAACCUCUGAAAAAUAUCCCAAGCAACCAUCGUGACAUGAUUGCUAAGAUCGGUUUUUAUCAAACUAUCAACCUUCGCCAUGGUGGGAUCGCUGAUGAAGGCGAACAUAAUGGAAGGCAUAUCUCAGUCAGCAAAGAAGGCAUCAUCAACUUCUGGAACAUGGAGAUGAAUCUCAUCAAAUCAGUCACGUUGGAGCUGCCUCGAGAAAAGACGAAACCAAUGUGGCUUACAGACAUGAUAUGCAUGCCAAACGUCAACAUGAUUGCUAUAUCAUCUACCGAGAGAGAAAUAAGUUUCUUUGAUGUCAAUGCAAGUAAAUGUGACAAAUGUUUCCAAGUCGCUGGUUUGGAACACUGCGCACUCACCAUGGAUUACUGGUUUGAUCCUCGCAAUAUGAAUAAAGCAGUUUUGGUAUUCGGUGACGCUGGUGGUGGUGUAUACUGCAUCGUGUUUCAGGAGGCUCUUGGGUCGGCUCUUUUCGGAUCACAGAAUGCCAAAUCAGUGGGCUCCAGGAGAGUACCAUUCCAGGAACUACUCAAAGGUCUUGUCAAGGGCAUCCAGGUUCUAAAGUUUUCGCCUCUUCAUGAAGAUUGGGUUCGGAAAGUGAAGUAUUGCUGCAAUCUAAAUUCAUUUGUAUCGUGUGCCACUACAAACGAUACAUCGAUAUUCAUUGGUGAUUUGGACAGGAAGAAAUCUGGCUCAUUCUUCAAGAUCCGUAAAGGAAUUCUUUGCUUCGACUAUGACAAAGACUCAAAUGUAAUCGUGACUGGAGGGAUGGACCGAUCAGUAAGAACAUGGAAUCCUUAUGUGACGACCAAGGCAACUUCAGUUAUGAAGGGGCACACCUCAGCCGUCGUACACGUGGUCGUUAAUACCCAACAUGGCCAGAUCAUCAGUGUUGGAAAAGACAAAGGUAUCAAGGUAUGGGAUAUGAGAGACCAGACAUGUCUUCAGAACAUCAACCCAAGGAAUAUCAAUCUUGGACCACACGCAAUCAGCUCAAUAUGCUUCCACGCCAAGACUGGAUCACUUAUACUAGGAACAAAUCAACUUGCUUUACUCGAACACAAGUGGGAGGUGGAAGGUGAUGAAGAUGAGAUGACGUCACACAAUCGACCGAUCACCCACUGUCUAUACAACAGCCUAUUCAACCAGGUGGUCAGUGGGUGCCACGAUUCUGUGGUCUGUGUCUGGGACCUGGCCACAGGUACCAAGACCAUUCAGUUUUCAAAUGCCCACAAGUACAUGGAGAAGGGCGUGGAGAAGAGCGCAGAGAUCACAGCAAUGACCUUUGAUCCCUCCGGUCGUCGUCUUGUCACGGGAGGUAGGAAUGGAACGGUCAAGAUCUGGAACUUCAACAACGGUGCCUGCCUCAGGGAACUGGAGACAUUUGACAACUUAGAGGUGACUGGGAUUUCCUGCCCCAAGCAGAGGAUCGUCACAGCUGGCUGGAAUAAAAGGAUAACAAGUUACAUUGAUUCCGAUGACGACGAGGACACUCGUCAAUGGGCACUCAAGCACAAUGAAGAUAUCCUCAGCCUCGCCUGUUCAAACACCAGUCGUUCACUCGCAACAUCAUCCUACGACGGCGACAUUUGGGUGUGGUCAUUAGAGACGACACACCCUUUGUGCAAGCUGAAUGCCUUUGAGGGGGUCAAACCCCAGACAGGUUCACGCAUGCUGAGCGUUUCCCGUGAGACAAGCUUCCAUACCAAUGGAGACACAUCCGUUUAUUCCAGUAGCUCCUCAAGACUUCCAACAACAAGAUGUAGUUCAAGGGACAAGCUUAAUGGGGAGGGUGUCCAAGAGAAUGGCGACAACAUAGGUCUUUCAGAUGACAUUGCCAAGUUGUCUGUCUCAAAUGACGAGGAUGAAAAGACUAAAUUACCAGCAAUAGAUCCUCAGAAAGUUGGUCUGAUACAGGAGCGGGCUGCAAACCUCAAGGAAGAAUCACAGACUUUCUUUACAGAAAGCAUCGGACCAAGAACCAAAGAUUCCCGGCAAAAGAAUGAAACUGAGACAAGAGAAAAGGAGAAUGCCAAAAAUGCCAAAGGAAAGGAGAGGAGAGAGAGGGACCAAAGUGACCGACCAAAACGAGAGAGUUCCUACUGUCUGGGUGCAAAGAACAAAGAAGACUAUGUCAGGAAACAUGAAGCUUCAGUUGACAAGCUAUUAUUUCUUCAAUCGCGGACGAACGACAAAGACACGGCAACUCUGAUGGCGAGUGGAUCGGAAGGCUGGGUCAGGGCUUGGUCUAUCCAUCACAAAGGAGGACUCCUAGGGCAAUUCAAUGCUGCUCAUAAACCAGGAGAAUCCGUGCUAGCAAUGGCUACCGAUACUGAGAAUGAGAUUCUCAUUACAGCUGAUACAUUAGGAUAUGUUAAGGUAUGGGACAUUUCGGAAUACUGCAUCGGUAAACGAGAGAUGGCUCGUCGCGAGCGAGAGAACAUAAAAGUUGACUACAGUGAACGAGAAAAGGAAUAUCCAUACCUGUCGGGCAACAGCACCCUCAAACGGCUAUCUCUAAGGAAGGAGAUGAGAUCUCGAGCCAACAUGAAACAACCUCCACCUCAGAGUAACCCUAAAGACACAUUGCUCUUCCCGCCCAAACUCAAUUCCUUCCGGGCACAUCUCAAAGGAAUUACAUACGUUGAUUAUGCUGAAGACAAGCACCUGAUCAUAACGGGCAGCAUUGACUGUUCCAUCAGGCUCUGGACUGUUUGCGGUAGAUACAUCGGUACGUUUGGUCAGAAAGGUGGAUGGCCUAAACUACCCGAUGAGAUUGAUCCUCGUAGUCUAUCCCGGGUGAUGCCUCGAGAUGUUCAGAGGGUAGCUUCCGCUGUAACCCUUAAGGUCCUCAAUGGAGGUAACAACCCAAGAUGGAAACUUGCCAAGACGAUCAUGAUGGUUGUUGGACGGAAGCAGAUCCGACAAGAUGAGUUCGAAGAUUCCAAUUCAAAUAGCGACGGUGUGGAUGAUAUUGAACAGGCUGAAGAGAAGAGGCAAUCUUCUUGGGGUACGAGCUCCAUCCUAGGGAAGUCUUACAAACCAAAGACAAGGCAUAAGAUGCCUCCAAUCCUUCCAGAUAUCAAACACAAUCAAAGUCAGGUGAUGGUGUACUCCUCCCUCCCGUUCACCAACCUGACCCCCGUGAAGGAUCCGACCGUUCCAGCGACCUUACAGGAGAUUCAGCUACGGCAUCAGUCAUCCGACGACACCAUGAACAACCAGCUGGUAGGGGGACCGGCAGGCCAGCUCAAGAGAGGCGGCAAGAAAUCCCGCCUGCACGAGUUCAUCCAGAAGCAUCGGGCAGUCAAACUCAUGCAGAAGCGUGGAUCGAAGCAGGCUCAAACCAAAUAAAUUUCCUCUGAUGAUUAUGUGUAAUGAUCUUCAAAUGGAUCCUUGAACUUGAUGAUAUAGGGACCCGAAGCAAAGAAGGCUAACCUAAAGCAAACUUCCCUGAUUAAUCACUGUGUAACUAAACUAUGGAAGUAUAAAAUUACAGUCACAAACUUAUUUUGAUUCCAUAUACACAUCAAAGUUUUGUAGGCAGGUAGGCAAAAGCUUUCAGAAACAAAAAUUAGACUAUAUUUAUAUUUAUCAUUCAAUGUGAACAAAUGAGUAAAAGGUUGAAAAUCAGUGUGUUUAGUGACAAAUUACUCUGCCAAAUUUAUAAGUGUAUAGCUGCAGGGUUUAUGUAGGUAUGAAGUGCCAAAUCAAGGAUCCUUGUUAUGUCAUAUGUGUAUCAAAUAUCAUUCAAACAAUUGACCCUUUCAGUGUAAAUGGCCUGUUCACUUUUUUACAGUUUACAAUACUAGAUCUAUACAAAAUGUAUAUUAUAAUUUGAAUAUCUAGUAACCCCAGUUAGAUAAUUAAAAUCUCUCAGCAGCCAAUCAAAAUCAAAGUUAUCAUAGUGACAAACUUAGCAUUUUAGUAAUGGGCCCCAGGCCCUAAUCUCACUGGUACAAUGGUACGACUGAGAAUAGUUUUAUAUGGUGAUUCAAAGUACAGCACCACCCCCUCACACUUCAAUUGGCUGCAUUCCAAUUUUGGAAGAGUCGCUAUCAAACACAACACACAAAAAAUGCAAAUUAAUUUUCAACUAAUCAGAAGCAUCGUUUGGAAUCUGAUUUUUGUGUUGCAUUCAACAACUCUUUGUGACCCCCUCCCCCUUGAUUGAGCUGCUUUUCUCCAUUACUGACAAAGUUUGUUGAACCAUAGUAUAAAUCAGUGGUCUAUGAUUAGCCAAAUGUAACAUUGAAAUUUCGAAAUCAUUUUUGUGUACUAAUGUGAUUUCAAAAUAAGAACAGUCUGGAAAUUUGAAAUUGCCAAAAUAAAACCUAAGAAAAUAUUCUCAAGAUUAAAAGUCUAGUGAACGUUAGGAACAUGGCGUAUUGACGGGAACGGUUGGAUUUGGCGACCUAUAGCCAAUAAGAUUCAAACUGUGGUUUAAACAAUGUGGUAUUUUAUAAGGCCGUUUAUAAGUUAUACAUGAUUUGAGACAUGACUGGUGACCCUUUCUUAGGUGUUAAAUCAGAAUGACAAUCAUCUGAAUGGAAAUCAGUUUUAU